AUAACAUCUUGUGGCUGUGUCCACUUGGUCGGCCGGGCUGAAGCGAGGUUGAGGACCACUCCUGCUUUUAGUUCGUCAACUGUAGGAUAAGCUUGUCAUCAGCACUUGGAACCAUGUGGUGCAAAUUCAUCAAGCUCCUACUCCUUCUGGGCAUCUGCGAUUUGGGCUGGGGUGCCAUCCAGAGACCAGACUACGACGACACGGCCACGCCGGUGUUCCUCAACCCGUCCUGGAUGGCGAACAUCCCUGACGAGCGGCCCCUGUCCGAGAUCACCAUGCCGGGCACCCAUAACACCAUGGCGCUGCACGGCGGGGUCUACGCCGAGUGCCAGACGUGGAGCCUGGCGUCACAGCUGCGUGCCGGCGUCCGCUUCCUGGAUGUGCGCGUGCGCCACGUGGAGGGCAACCUCACCAUCCACCACGGGCUGGUCUACCAGCACGUCCACUUCGGCCACGUGCUGGAGGGUGUGCAAGACUUCUUGGCAAGUUACCCGAGCGAGACGGUGCUGAUGCGCAUCAAGGAGGAGCUGAGCGAGACCGACAAUAUUUACGGGGCAGUGGUGGAGCACGUAUGGCGCUACGCCCGCUGGGAGAUGUUGUGGCACAGCCGCCUGGUGCCCACCAUGGGCCAGGCGCGAGGUAAGCUCGUCAUCCUGCAGGACUUUCUCGGGCCGGACUUAGGGAUGCGCUAUGCCUCCAUGGACAUCGCUGACGACUGGAAGAAUUUCCUCUGUAUACAACGUGAUGCAGGCAUUGUCUUCCUGAAGGUUCCCACACUUCUGCACGUGGAGGAGAAGUGGCAGAGCGUCUACAAGCACCUGGAGGCGGCGCCCACAGGGAACAAGGACCAGAUCUUCCUCACAUACAGCAGCGGGACCGGCGUUUUUGCCGUGCCGAGAGCCGUGGCACAACGUGUCAAUCCUCAGCUGUACAACUACCUGAAGGCCAAGACCGACCUGAACCAGCGCUUUGGGAUAAUAUGCAUGGACUUCCCAGCUGCUCCCAUGAUUCAAACCGUCAUUGAUUUCCAGCUAAAGGCAGGAGUGGGUGCUUCCUUGGUCCAUAAGUGA